AUGAAUUUCAUAAAACAUCUAAAGAUAAGUUUAGUGAGACAUGAAAGUGUGUCAACAAAAAUGAAGAUUAAUAAAAUGGCAGAUAUUAUUUCAUGUCACGAUGAGACAUCCUAUGCUAGAGCUGCUGAAUGUCUCACAAAUGGACAAGUAAUAGCAGUUCCAACUGAUACAAUAUAUGGAUUAGCAUGUAGUGCAAACUGUCCUGAUGCAAUAAAGAAACUCUACACAAUUAAAGGCAGAGAUUCAGUUAAACCUGUGGCUAUUUGUGUAACAUAUGUACCAGAUGUGAGAAAAUGGGGUCAGGCAGAACAUUUAAGUGAUAAUCUACUCCACAGCCUACUACCCGGACCAGUCACUGUGGUUUUAGAAAAGACGAAACAUUUAAAUAAUCCAUAUCUUAAUCCACAUACAACUAAAAUUGGUAUACGGAUACCAAAUCACAACUUCAUGAAUAAAGUAACAAAGUUAUUUGAUAGGCCAGUGGCAUUGACAAGUGCUAAUUUCAGCAAUGAGCCGUCAACAUUGUCAGUUAAGGAAUUUGAACAUUUGUAUAGUAACUUGGGAGCGGUAUUCGAUGGUGGUGUGUUGAGUCAUGGUCUGGAGCAAAACAGAACAGGCUCCACUGUUAUAGAUCUGUCAAAAGUUGGCCAUUACAAUAUUAUACGCAGGGGAAUUUCUUAUGAUAGAAUCAUAAGGAUAUUACAUAGUCAUGGUCUAAAAAGUACUGAAUAAAUAUUGAAAAGAUUACAUUCUGCUUAUUGUAGCAUGGUAGAGUAAGUCAAUAUUUUGUUAGUAUUAUAGAUCAAAUGAGGAACAGCACACAUUAUUUUUUUUACCUUGUACAUUGUAUGUACAUGUUAUGACAGACUGUCUUGGUAUCCUACAUAAUAAUAGCUUUUUCCAUUCAAAGAUAUAAAAGUGAGGGUAGUUCUAGAAAAACACUGACAUAUAGAAUUAUUGACAUACAAUAGUUAGUUUUUAUUGAAACCAGUGACAAUAUUGUGAGAUUUUAGAGUCAAUAAUAAUAAUAAUAAAUUAUUUCUGAUGAUUAAGUUUUUUUGAAACUAUAAUUUUAGUUUUUUUUUGUCUACAGUUUCAGUGCUUUGUUAUUUCACUCUGUACUUAUACCAUGCUACAAAACACAAAAUAUCUCUAUUAUUCUGCUUUAUCACAUAACAAUCUUUGAUUAUAACAACAGGUAGAUAGAGAUGGUAUAAGUUAUUAAAUAAAUAAUACAUAAUGUAA